UUUUCGGCCAGGUACCCCCAGCAAGCUCCAACAAGGGAUUUCCAGCAGCACCAAGGUCAUUCCUGGAGGAAAAAGUAUUCCCUUGUGAACCGGCCACGGGGAGCAGCGUGUGACACUGGGAGCGGUGCGAGUGCCAGCACGUCUCAGGCUUUUGGGAGCUGUGGGGACAGCCAGGCCUCUGAGCCACCAGAAUCACCUCCAGAGAGACAUGUGGACCUAACCACUGAUGGUAACAUAGUUGUGGGGAUCCAGCUCCCCCACAGGGUUGCCCAGUUUGGAGAUUCCAAAGGAUUUCCUGAUGUUGGUUCUUGCUGCAAGCUGGAAACGGUGGUCACAGCUUCAGGUGACAAGAAAAGGGUGCCAAAAUCUCCACCCGUGAGCCAAAAUGAAGGGAGGAGACCUUCUCUCUCUGUUUCAUUCACUUCAUCUCACAGGUUUGUGAGUUCAGCCUAUGUGAGUGUGGCAGAUAAGGCCAGAACGGUGCUGAUGGCUGGUGACGUGGCUGGGAGCUCCCCAGCUUCCUCUGGAAGCACCAGUGAAAGCGCCGUGACACUGAAGUCAGAACCUCAGGAGCCUCCAGUGUUGCCAGACCGUGAACCAGCUCGGUGCUUGGUGUGCAAGAAGACAGAGCCACCAGCUCCAGGGCAGGCCAGUUGUGAGCAAGACAGGGAUGCUUCCAGAGAGACAAAGCUCCUGGGAAGUGGUGAGCCACACUCCAGGCCUGCUGUGACUUCGGUGGUUGGGAUGACUCCAGUGAAGAGCAGGUUUUCCACGGUCCCCAAAGCUGUUGGUCACCUAAAAGCUGCCUCAACCCCCAUCUCCAGCAAAGCUCCAAAGUUCAGGAAAACUAACUACACGUGGGUUGCAAACCCUGGUAGAUGCUCUCGUGCUGUGAAGAGGUGGGUGAGCCCUAGAGCUUCAGAAGGUGCUAAGAGGGUCACUGGUGGAGCAGACAAAGGUGCUAAACUGUCACCAAAAGCAGACUUGGGAGCAAAGGUGAAGAAAUCAGGACUUCAGGCCAAGCUGGGGGUUUCUCCCAGCAAAUACAAGUGGAAAGCCACCACCUUGCAGAGCUCACCCUCCACCUCCAAGUCAGCGUUCAGGUGGCGAUCAGAGGAUCAGCAGAAGCCUCCAGCCCCCAGCCUGCCUCGAGCCAGUGCUGUCCCACCGCCCCUGAGUGCUGUAUCUGGUGGACUUGGUGGGGUGAAGUCCUCCUUUGGUGACACCACAUUGUCCAGUUACAAAGUGAAGAGUCGGACCAAAAUCAUCAAGAGAAAAGGCAGCUUGGGCUUCCCAACAGAUAAGAAGAGCAGCUCCUCACCCACCACACCUCUGAAGAGCUACUUCCACCUCAGGAAGAAGAACUCCCUGAGGGGCAAACCUUCUGUAGCACCAAAGCGCUCCUUACCCAGGGGCCUGGUGCACAUCACCAAGCACAGGCUCUGCAGGCUGCCAGCCACCAGGAUGCAGGUCUCCACCAAGGAAGGAGCCAACUUGCACUUCCUCAGGAGCCCCCCAGCCAACAAGGUGAUAAAGACACGCUACAGGAUCGUGAAGAAGAACGUGGUGUCUUCAACCUCAUCGCCUUUCAGCAGCCCCAUUCCCAACUGGAGGAUGAGACGCCCUGUGACAUCCAG